CCUGGAGCGCGCGGUGCUGAUAUUGUGCUGGGGCCCUGGCGCUGGAUUCCCGUCGAGUUUUGGAAAGUUGACUUUAUGGUUCGGUUCGGUCAAGGGGAACACACACACUAAAAGCAGAGAGAGGCGCUUCGCUCCCGUCGCCCCUUCUUCAUUUUCUUACCCCAAAGGUCCUGCAUGUCUAAUAUUUAGACAUGUUCAGCUUUGUGGAUUCCAGGACUGUACUGCUACUUGUAGCAACUCAAGUCGUUCUAUUAGCCGUUGUCAAAUGUCAGGAAGAGGAUGACCAGGAGCCGGGCAGCUGCGUCCAAGAAGGCCAGCGCUAUAGCGACAAGGACGUGUGGAAGCCGCAGCCAUGUCGCAUCUGCGUGUGCGACACUGGAAGCGUCCUCUGCGACGAUAUUAUCUGCGAGGAGCUAAAAGACUGCCCCAACCCCGAGAUCCCGUUCGGGGAGUGUUGUCCCAUCUGCCCGGCUGUCCAGAGCCCACCCGCUGGACCAGUUGGUGCCAAGGGACAGAAAGGUGAACCCGGUGACAUCACAGAUGUUGUAGGACCGAGAGGACCAGGAGGGCCCACGGGACCACCAGGAGAGCAGGGGCCUCGCGGAGACAGAGGAGAUAAGGGAGAGAGGGGAAGCAUUGGUCCCCGUGGAAGAGAUGGAGAGCCUGGUACCCCCGGAAACCCUGGACCCCCCGGACCUCCAGGACCCAAUGGGCCCCCAGGCCUCAGCGGGAACUUUGCGGCUCAGAUGGCGGGUGGAUUCGAUGAGAAGUCUGGAGGAGCGCAGAUGGGCGUGAUGCAGGGACCGAUGGGCCCGAUGGGUCCCAGAGGACCGCCCGGACCAUCAGGAGCCCCUGGCCCGCAAGGUUUCCAAGGCAACCCCGGAGAGGCUGGCGAACCUGGAUCAUCUGGCCCGAUGGGUCCCCGUGGCCCCUCUGGACCUUCUGGAAAAGCUGGAGAUGACGGUGAAGCUGGAAAGCCGGGUAAAGGUGGUGAUCGUGGACCUCCUGGCCCUCAGGGAGCUCGUGGAUUCCCAGGAACCCCCGGUCUUCCCGGAAUCAAGGGACACAGAGGAUACUCCGGUCUGGAUGGAGCUAAGGGAGAGGCUGGGGCUGCAGGUUCCAAGGGUGAGGCUGGUGCUCCCGGGGAGAACGGUGCCCCUGGACCAAUGGGCCCACGUGGUCUGCCUGGUGAGAGAGGUCGCACUGGACCUUCUGGAGCUGCUGGUGCUCGUGGUAACGAUGGAUUAUCUGGCCCUGCUGGUCCACCUGGGCCCGUCGGACCUGCUGGAGCCCCUGGAUUCCCUGGUGCCCCCGGAUCUAAGGGCGAAGCUGGGCCCACUGGAGCCCGUGGACCCGAGGGAGCCCAGGGACCUCGCGGAGAGUCAGGCACCCCUGGAUCCCCUGGCCCUGCUGGCGCCUCUGGUAACCCUGGUACUGAUGGAAUCAAUGGAGCCAAAGGAUCUGCUGGUGGUCCCGGUAUUGCUGGGGCCCCUGGUUUCCCUGGUCCACGCGGGCCCCCUGGACCUCAGGGAGCCACCGGCCCUCUCGGCCCCAAGGGGCAGUCGGGUGACCCCGGUAUCCCAGGGUUCAAAGGGGAAGCUGGACCUAAAGGAGAGCACGGUCCUUCCGGGCCCCAGGGUGCCCUAGGACCUGCAGGAGAGGAGGGGAAGCGAGGGCCGAGAGGAGAGCCAGGCGCUGCAGGGCCCUUGGGGCCCCCUGGAGAACGGGGUGCUCCUGGUAACCGUGGUUUCCCAGGUCAGGAUGGUCUGGCUGGUCCGAAGGGUGCUCCAGGUGAGAGAGGACCUGGCGGUGUUUCUGGGCCCAAGGGUGCCAACGGUGACCCAGGACGCCCUGGAGAGCCCGGUCUGCCCGGGGCAAGAGGUCUUACUGGUCGCCCCGGUGACGCCGGUCCUCAAGGAAAAGUUGGUCCAUCUGGUGCUGCUGGAGAGGACGGCCGCCCUGGGCCCCCAGGACCCCAAGGAGCUCGCGGACAGCCCGGCGUGAUGGGAUUCCCAGGGCCCAAGGGUGGCACGGGAGAGGCUGGUAAACCAGGAGAGAAGGGUCUGGUCGGAGCUCCAGGUCUGAGAGGUCUGCCUGGGAAAGACGGGGAGACUGGUGCCGGAGGCCCCCCAGGACCCGCCGGACUCGCGGGAGAGAGAGGAGAGCAGGGUCAACCCGGACCUUCUGGCUUCCAGGGUCUACCUGGACCCCCAGGUCCUCCAGGGGAAGGAGGCAAGCCCGGUGACCAGGGUGUGCCAGGAGAGGCGGGGACAGCUGGUGCUACAGGUCCCAGAGGCGAGCGAGGUUUCCCAGGAGAGAGAGGCGGCGCCGGGCCCCAGGGUCUUCAGGGCCCACGAGGUCUGCCUGGAACUCCAGGGACCGACGGACCCAAGGGAGCCAUCGGCCCCGGCGGUGGCCCUGGAGCCCAGGGCCCCCCGGGCCUGCAGGGGAUGCCCGGAGAGAGAGGAGCUUCCGGAAUCCCAGGACCCAAGGGCGACAGAGGCGACAACGGCGAGAAAGGACCUGAGGGCGCUUCUGGGAAAGAUGGCUCCAGGGGUUUGACUGGUCCCAUUGGCCCCCCCGGCCCAUCUGGUCCUAAUGGAGAGAAGGGAGAAUCUGGACCUGCGGGGCCCCAUGGAGCUCCUGGUGCCCGUGGCGCACCUGGUGACCGUGGUGAGACUGGACCCCCAGGACCAGCUGGUUUCGCCGGUCCCCCUGGUGCAGAUGGACAGCCUGGAGCGAAGGGGGAGCAGGGCGAGGGCGGGCAGAAGGGUGACGCUGGGGCCCCCGGCCCCCAGGGGCCCUCAGGGUCCCCCGGACCUUCCGGCCCCACUGGUGUUUCUGGACCCAAAGGUGCCCGUGGGGCUCAAGGCCCACCUGGUGCCACUGGUUUCCCUGGUGCUGCUGGGAGAGUCGGACCUCCAGGCCCCAACGGUAACCCCGGUCCCGCGGGUCCAGCCGGGUCCGCAGGUAAAGACGGUCCAAAAGGUGUCCGUGGAGACGGGGGUCCUCCUGGUCGUCAGGGAGAUGCCGGACUGCGUGGGCCAGCGGGAGCCUCCGGAGAGAAGGGAGAGCCUGGAGAGGAUGGGCCUCCUGGUGCUGAUGGUCCAUCGGGACCCCAGGGGCUGGCUGGGCAGCGUGGGAUCGUGGGUCUGCCAGGGCAGCGUGGAGAGAGAGGAUUCCCUGGCCUUCCGGGACCUUCCGGCGAGCCUGGCAAACAAGGCGCUCCUGGGGGAGCUGGAGACCGUGGCCCCCCCGGCCCCGUCGGGCCCCCUGGACUCACGGGACCUGCUGGAGAGCCCGGCAGAGAGGGUAACCCUGGCUCUGACGGACCCCCUGGUAGAGAUGGUUCUACUGGAAUCAAGGGCGAUCGCGGUAACACAGGCCCAGUUGGAGCCCCAGGAGCCCCUGGAGCGACAGGUGCCCCAGGUCCCGUCGGCCCCACAGGCAAACAGGGCGACAGAGGAGAGGCGGGCGCACAAGGACCUGCAGGACCUUCUGGACCUGCCGGAGCUAGAGGAAUGGCUGGACCCCAAGGACCACGUGGAGAUAAGGGUGAGGCAGGUGAGGGUGGAGAGAGGGGACAGAAAGGACACAGAGGCUUCACCGGACUUCAGGGCCUGCCCGGACCUCCCGGUCAGGGCGGUGACCAGGGUGCAGCUGGACCUGCUGGCCCCAGUGGAUCGAGAGGACCCCCAGGCCCGGUCGGCCCCUCAGGAAAAGACGGAUCCAACGGCAUGCCCGGCCCAAUCGGGCCCCCUGGACCUCGUGGUCGCUCUGGGGAGACUGGUCCUUCUGGUCCCCCUGGUAACCCUGGCCCCCCAGGCCUGCCCGGCCCCCCAGGACCCGGCAUCGACAUGUCGGCCUUCGCAGGCCUGUCCCAGCUGGAGAAGGGCCCGGACCCCAUGCGCUACAUGAGGGCCGACCAGGCCGCCGGGGGCCUCCGGCAGCAUGACGCCGAGGUGGACGCCACACUCAAGUCCCUCAACAACCAGAUCGAGAACAUCCGCAGCCCCGAGGGGUCCCGCAAGAGCCCCGCCCGCACCUGCAGGGACCUCAAACUCUGCCACCCGGACUGGAAGAGCGGAGACUACUGGAUCGACCCGAACCAGGGCUGCACGAUCGACGCCAUCAAGGUCUUCUGCAACAUGGAGACAGGAGAGACGUGCGUCUACCCCAACCCAUCCAAGAUCCCGCGCAAGAACUGGUGGUCCAGCAAGAGCAAAGACCGCAAGCACGUCUGGUUCGGCGAGGCCAUGAACGGAGGGUUCCACUUCAGCUACGGUGAGGACUCCCUGACCGCCAGCACGGCCAGCAUCCAGAUGACCUUCCUGAGGCUGCUGUCCACGGAGGCGUCUCAGAACCUGACCUACCACUGCAAGAACAGCGUGGCCUACCUGGACCGGGCCAGCGGGAACCUGAAGAAGGCUCUGCUGCUGCAGGGAUCCAACGACGUGGAGAUCAGGGCCGAGGGCAACAGCCGAUUCACCUACAGCGUGCUGGAGGACGGCUGCACGAAACACACGGGCCAGUGGGGCAAGACGGUGAUCGAGUAUAAAUCCCAGAAGACCUCCCGCCUGCCCAUCGUGGACAUCGCUCCCAUGGAUAUCGGAGGAGCGGACCAGGAGUUUGGGGUCGACGUCGGCGCGGUCUGCUUCUUGUAAAAGAGGAACGGCAAGAAGGCAAAACACGAAAGAUCUGAAAAAUAAACACACACACUCCAAGAAAGGAAGAAAGGAAGAAAGGAAGAAAGAAAAUCAAGAUCGUUUUUUUUUUUUUUAAACAAGACCCUUUUUUUAAAAGGCAAAAAAGUACUUUCCAAGUUGUACUCCGAGGAUAUCUGCACUGAAAAGCACCAGCAACAUUCAACCGGUGAUGGAUCAAGCAGAGCCGCCAUUUUGUGAUCUCCAGACCAGCCCCUCCUACCUUUCUCAUGGACCACCCCACCCCUCCCCCCGUUUGAGAAGGAAUGAAAAUUACAGGAAAAAAGAAAAAAGAGGGAAAGUGAACAAGAGAAAAUGUGAAAGUUAAAAAAGGAACAUGGCUCUGUGAUAUUUAUUUAUUUUAAUGGUUAGAACAUCCUCUGUAGGGCUGGAUGUGCCCCCUCUCCCCUCCAGACACUAAAUUGCAGCGGUAACCUCAUCCCCAAUCCCUCUAUCAAAAAUACAUAUCUGAAAAUCUCCCCAAAAUAUAUCCCACAUUGUAAUAAGUGCAGGUGUUCCUAACGCUACCACCGCAGUGUGUAUCAAAAGAUUACUGUGUAUUAUAAUAAAAUCAAUGGUGCUAUUGUUGUAAAACAGUCUGUAUUUUUUAACAACCAGAUACUGAUUUAUAAUGACAUGUAUAUAUGUAUAUAUACGUAUAUGUGUGUGUAUACAUAUAUAUACACUUUUCAAAGUGAAAGUACAUUUAAAUCUGGGAUUUCUAUUCUUUUUUUUUCAGUGUGCUAAACGUUUUAUUUGCCCCGCCCCCUUCAGCCGUCCCCCAAUCAAAACAUGGCUCCUCCUGUCCUUCAGUGAGACAGAACCCUUACUCCAAACCUUUUAAAAAAAUCCUUUUGUUUGAAUUAUAAUCCUUUUUUAAAGCUACCUCACGCUGAAAAAAUGUAAACAAGCCAAAAAAAAAACCUUGAUGCUGAGCCCGUGCUUGAAAAGAAAGAAAACUGGGCCAUCCUGGAGCAUUAUGGGGCCUCCACUCUGAUUGGUCCUUUUUCAGAAGGUGCAAUGACUUCUAGAAUUUAGUUUCUGUCAGAUCCGCCCCUGAUCCCCCCCCUCACAUACAGCACCCUGCCCCCCCCCACCCUCCCUGACACACAGCAACCCCCCCCCCCGCCCUGACACACUCGGGUGGACAGAUUUGGGAGAUGAAGGGGGUUCCCGAAAUCUGGCCCGGCGUCAGGCCCCCUGAGCUGAGUCAUGUGACAGAGCUGAGUCAUGUGACAGUGCUGAGUCAUGUGACCUUCCCGUUACCCCAACACCAGGGCAGGGAGGCAUGUGUGAGGGUGUGUAUAUUUUUAUUAUUAUUAUUAAUAUUAUUAUUAAUAAUAAUAUUAUUAUUAUUAUGAUCAUGAUCAUGAUUUUUGUUUUUUUGUUACGGUUUUAAUUAAUGUAAAUUGGAAAUAAAAGAAAAAACAAGUAA